AUGUGUACCUCCAACCUCAUUACCAGUCACGGUAGCCUGAGGCUAACGAUCCAGCGACUCGAACAGCCUGAAAGUUCAACCGCCCAUCUUCGAACCGUGCUCAAACCAUGCCUAGUUUUCUUACUUCAUCAUGCUGCGCCCACGGGCAAAUUGGGGUUUGACCUGAACUCAGGAAGAUGGCGUUUGAACCCCGAUCACUGCCAGCCCAUCGCAGAUCUACCACUUCAGGGAGAACAUCCCCGUCUGUGCCGGCCUAGACUUGUGCCUCGAGCAGGAGGCGUGAAAGAACGCUGCCAAGCUCCACCGAGCCCAGUGAGCACUACUGCCCUUAGUGAGACUGCCUUCGCCCAAAUGUUAUCUCACCAAGGCAGUGGCGACGACGGCAGAGACCAAGACGAGUAUCCAAAAGAACUCACAUUCAUUGAAGUCGGCAUCGAACAUGCGUCUCGCAGUGGCUCCAAAAAGCAACGUAGGAAACGCCAGCAAUUCGUUAUUGACCAUGGAACGGCUUCUUUCCAUCACUACAUCGGGAGUGAGGAUAAUGGAUUGCUCAACCACCCCCCAUUUCCAGACCAAUCAUUGCAAUCGCUACUGAUGCCGUUGCCGUUGGUAGAGCUCUUCGCACGAACACCCCUACAUUUCGAACUUCCACCACAGCCUCCUCCAUCACCUCUAAGGUCUCUGCAUCCGAGUUUGCUUGCCUUUGCAUUGCUGGAUCGAGAGGAUGAGUUCGCAGCAGAGUUGGCGGAAAGGCUGGAGAGAGUUGUGGAGGAACUGAAAAAUAGAGAGUGGGACUUGAACAACGCUGAUAUCUGGGAAGUCUGUACAAGUCUGCCUGACGAGUCCGAGUCCGACUCGGAUGAUUAG